CUGCUGCCACGUGUUCUGAUUCUUAUGAAGGGCUGCACAAAGAAUCUGUAUGACUUAAGGUCAACUUUGAGUGGUGGGACCUCAGCCUCCACACCUUCAAGGCUAGCACCACAACUCAUAAAGAGGAAGUCUGGCCUGCUGCGAGGCCAGACUGCCCAGCUCUGUGGCUUCAUUUCUCAGGAAACCAAAACUAACAGGCUGAGCUGAAGACCCCUCUCAUUUGCCAGAUGCCGAGGACAAUGAAUAACCAGGGCAAUAAAAGGACAACAAAAGAAGGAUUCAGUGAUUUGAGAUUCCAGAACUUCUCUCUGCUGAAAAAUAGGUCAUGGCUGCGCCUCAGCAGUACCAAAGGACGAUGUCGGGUGGUCCUCGAACCUCUUCCAGAUCAUAGAAGGAACUUGGCUGCAGCCAUGGAUGAAGGAAAAUGCCACAGCGACGACGAUGACUAUGAAGACCCUGAGCUUCAGCUGCCCAAGGCAUGGCCAUCGAUGAAAAUUUUACCAGCCAGACCUAUACAGGAAUCGGAAUAUGCAGAUACACGCUAUUUCAAGAAUAUGAUGGAGGCCCCCCUUUUGUUACCCCCCAAGGCUUCUGUCCCCACUGGGAAGCAAUCCUGGAAUGCAGGGAUGAGGCGACAGGAAGAGGUUUUUCACAGGGACAAGGCCAUCUCUAAGGAUGUCAGAAGCCAGCACUUUAAAGGGUUGAAAUGCACAGAGGAGAACAAGACUCCUGUGCCGCCUCCACGGCCCACCAUCACCCUCCCCAAGAAGUAUCAACCCUUGCCUCCAGCACCACCAGAGAUCAGUGCACACUUCUCUCCGAGACAUGGCUUUCCAGAAGUCCAGAGGGGUCUCAGGCAGAUCAGCUCUAAAGACGUCUGUGAGGUCCUUGGAGCAGAAGAAGGAUCUUAUCACCAGGAAAAGCCAGGACCUUCUCAUCCAUCACAAAACCAAACCACAGAGAAGAGCCCACCAGCCAUCACCAGCUCUUCCUACGUGCCAGCGAAGCACAGUGUACACGUCAGAGGCCAUCCAGACACCACGCAACGCUGUCUGCCUCAGAGACGCCAAACUGCAGCCAGGCACGGCCCCCAUAAUCAAGUGUUGCCCUAUGAAAACACAAACCCAGGAAAACCUGUCCCCGCCAAGCCUGAUGAAAAGGAUGUCCAGCAGAAUGAAUGGUACAUCGGAGAAUACAGUCGCCAGGCAGUAGAAGAGGCGCUGAUGAAGGAGAAGAAGGAUGGUACCUUUUUGGUCCGAGAUUGUUCCACAAAAUCCAAGGCAGAACCCUAUGUUUUGGUGGUGUUUUAUGGGAACAAAGUCUACAAUGUGAAAAUUCGCUUUCUAGAGAGCAAUCAGCAGUUUGCCCUGGGGACAGGACUCAGAGGAAAUGAGAUGUUUGAUUCUGUGGAAGACAUCAUUGAAUACUACAAGCGUUUCCCCAUCAUACUAAUCGAUGGAAAAGACAAGGCCGGUGUGCACAGGCAGCAGUGCUAUCUCACCCAGCCCCUGCCUCUCGGCAGGCUUCCACUGACUCCGUACUCCAGCCAGGCACUUCAUGAGUAAGCAGCCUAGCCAGGUAUUUCCACAUCAGCCGCCUGGACCGUGGCUCAUCCUCAGCUCAAAGGAUUCAACGCUUCUACCAUCUGCAUUUAUCACAAAUUAUAUUGUCUGUGCCUUCAAACGAUGGCUUUCUUGACUCUGUAAAAAAAAAUCUGUAAUAGAACUUGAGAGCUCAAUUAUGGCUUGAAAGCUUGAGUCAUAGAAGAAAUAUGUGCAAUCUGCAAAAAAGAAAAAUCAAACCUAGGUUUUAAAAAGAAUUUUCUAAAUGGGAAACUGUAGACAUGGUUAUCAUACAUUAGCGAUGAGUAGCUAAUGCAACAAGAUCUGACAAUUUCGAUGUUUGUAGCAGGUGUGAGAUCCCCAAACUGCUACUCAGUGGAGGACAUCAGGCUGACCUCAGUUCAGAACGUCUUGCCCUAGAAUGCUAUUUUUUGGAUGCUGAGGAUGACAAUGAAUGUUAUUUAGUUCUAUUUAUCUGUAAUCCUUGAAAUUCAAAUACUGGAAAGAGAUGUGGUAUGAGAGAAAAAAAAAAGCCAUUGUGAAUAUCAGCCUGCAGACAGAGAGAAGAAAUAAGGGGACCAUGAUGUGAAAUGGCCAGAGGCCCAGAUGUCAGCCUACUUUCUGAACGGUGACGUUCAUGGAACUAGCAGAUCCAUAGCGAGGAACACAGAGCUCACCCCAAUCAUAAAGCAAGCAUUCAUUUGAGUUACAGCGACAAUGUUUUGAGCAGUUUAAUGAUACGUUUCCAUUACAGGAAGGGAAGAACUGUCCUCAGAAGAGUACUGAUAGUUACAACAGCAAAGCACAUCAUGGCAUUGUCUCUUCUCAGGCAGUGUAUUCCUACUUUAUAACACAGAUGAGGCAGGGGCAUUCAAAGAUCUCAUUUAGUGUAAGAAGAGAGCCUGGAUCAUAACCCAGUUUGUCUGUUCCAUGUCUCUGCGUCAUCCCAGAUAUAUUCUCUACUCUAUGGGCUUUUAUAAUUGAGCUAUGAGCUCUUAUAAUUAAAGUUGUACUUUAACAAUACAUAUUUAUCCACCUUAAAUGCUUAUAGUACACUUAGUUCACCAAAAUAAGGUGUCAUUGAAUAAAUAGGUAUACCAUACGCCAUGGCUUCAAUUAUUACCAAAUACCACAUGUAAAAUUCAUGGAGCAUUUAUGAAAUUUGAGUUUUCAUGAAGAAAUAAAACUAGCUAGAGGACAGGAGAAUGUAGUUAAGUUGGCAGAAAGCACACCCAGCCCUAGGUUAAAUUCCCAGCACUGUAUAAAACCGAGUGUGGUGGUACAGACCUGUAAGCUCAGCACCUGGGAAGUAGAGGCAGUGUGUGUGUGGGGGGUCAGAAUCUCAAGGUCAUCCAUGACUAUACAGCAAAUUCAAGGCCAUCCAGGAUUACAUAAGACAGUGCCUCCAAAAGAGAGAGAGUGAAAAGGUAAGAGAAUCAAAUGCAAACAGAACAAGCAAUUUCUAGCAUUGUUUUGUAAAAUGGUGGCAGGCAAGAUGCUCUCUGUAGGAAGAUCCAGACCAGAGUUUGCCCAUAGACUAGAGCAUCAUGCUGAGCAGAAAGGGCUGGGUCCUGGUGCCUCAUCAUGUCAACUCACUGGCUGGAGAUCUGAGCUUUGAACUCUGUAACAGACACAGAAAUUACUUGCCAGGGACUUGUCCACUGAAUUGCUGGGCAACAUUCCUGUGUUUACUAUUUCCAGUGUCUGUUACAAUGAGGUGUUCUGUUGCAAUUGAUGACUAAGG